AUGUCAAAAGAUCCCUUUGAGGACUCCGACUAUGUCUGUUCCUAUGGGAUGAAGUUAACAUGGGACAUCAACGACCCCAAGAUGCCGCAGGAACCCAAGCACUUCGAUUCCUUCCAGGAGUGGCCAGAUGGCUAUUUGAGGUUUAUUUAUGCCAGUGAAGAUAAGAAUGCACAGCGCCAUCUCAGCGGCUGGGCCAUGCGCAACACCAACAACCACAACUGCCAAAUCCUGAAGAAGUCUUGCCUCGGCGUGGUGGUGUGUGCCAGGAACUGCACGCUGCCAAACGGGACCAAGCUACAGCUCCGCCCCGCUAUAUGCGAUAAAGCUCGGCAAAAGCAACAAAAAAAGCACUGCCCCAACUGCAGUUCAGCCCUUGAGUUAAUUCCUUGCCGGGGGCAUAGCGGUUACCCAGUAACUAACUUCUGGAGACAUGACAACAAAGUGAUAUUUUUUCAGGCCAAGGGAAUUCAUGACCACCCUAGACCAGAGAGUAAAUCAGAGACGGAAGCCAGAAGAAGUGCCCUGAAAAAGCAAGCACCACCUUCUCACUCAUCCCAGAAAAGAAGGCUUCUGGACUUUCAGAUAGGAUCAUGUAAUGAGAAUGGUGAAUACUUUCACUACAUUCAUCAUCUGGCACGUGAAGGAGCAGAAAAAAUCAGCAUAAUUCCAGAUACAAGUUUACCACGCCCAAUCCAGCCUCCUCAUACAUUUCAAAACAUAGACUCUUACAGAGUUACUUAUGAUACAGCCAGGGUUCCUGGAGAUACAGAUCUGCCGCUUCAGAAGUACCCAAGCCCUACAAUCUAUACACCUAUGCCAAGUUGCGGCUAUGAAUGUGGAAUGCCCGAUUAUAUUGGAUCCGGUUUGUAUUCAACAUUUCAAAAAGACCCAAUGGAUAUCCCAGUGGACAAUGAUCAUGUUGUGCUGAAUGGACUCCCGUAUUGUGUAAAUUCAAUAAGUCCUCAUGAAAAGAACAUCGAUGAAAUCCAUAAACAUCAUGUACUGAAACAGUCCUUAGAGGAAACUAACGAUGGAGAAUGUGCAGGCCAUGGAUUGAAUCAACCUGACGCCGAUCACCUUCACAAUAGUGGAGAGUAUCCUUGCAGCUAUGAUACUCUGGAAUUUCCAGCUUUGCAGACUGUUAUAACCGCAACAACUAAGAUGUCUUAUGAAGCCUAUAAAUCAUCAGUGGUGAAAUGCGGUGACAAUUUUUAUGAAGCGAAAGAUCUUUUGAGCUGUCCUCUUGCAGAGAAUAUUUCUAGAAAUGUUUCCCCUGAGAUAAAAAUCCAAGAAGACUGGGAAAUGGUCAAACCAGGUUUGCUUAGUGAACAAUUUCUGACCACCAAUAAGGCAGAACAUGUAGAGUCAGUGGAAACUUAUCAAGGUGGUCCAGGCACAGAAAGAAAUUAUACUGGAUAUGAAGGGCAAACAUUCAGAUUUGAGAAUACUGAAUACUAA